GGUCAGUUCGCUAUCGUGACAGUAUUCAGCAGCAGUGGAUCCACUCCCUACUCCUCCUCCGCCGGCCGCCUCCUGUCCACAAGGAUACAUCCCCCACGACGUUCGUUGGCGCCCUCAUAUUACGCUAGUACUCCACAAAUCCUCAACGACCAAAAUGCACCCCGGCGUAUUACACCGUCGCUUUCUCAACGACCUUUCAACCUCUCUGUUCUCUUUUGUCCUUCCUCUUUUGCCACCUAGUGAAGAGCUCAGUGUCAAGGAAGAGGUGCGAUGUCUUAUCGAAAAACUUAUUAAGGGGCUGGAGCCAUCUGCGAGGUUAUUGAGUUUUGGGAGCAGCUGUAAUUCUUUCGGCUUGCGGAAUUCCGAUAUGGAUCUUGUCGUCUUGAUUGAUGACCCUAAUGCGAAAAUAGACCCGGGAAAUUUCGUUGAAAGUAUGGCCGCACUUCUCGAGCGCGAGACUAAUUUCAACGUCAAACCACUCCCGAGGGCAAGAAUCCCUAUCCUGAAACUUGAGCUUGCCCCCUCUCCCGCUCUCCCUUUCGGGAUUGCGUGUGAUAUUGGGAUCGAGAACAGGCUUGCCAUUGAGAACACCCGUCUGUUGUUGACUUAUGCGACGAUUGAUCCUGCAAGGGUCAGGACCCUCGUACUAUUCCUAAAAGUAUGGUCCAAAAGACGUAGAAUCAACUCUCCUUAUCGCGGAACACUCUCUUCUUAUGGCUAUACCCUCAUGGUGCUUUAUUUCCUUGUGCAUGUAAAGCAACCGCCUGUACUCCCCAAUUUGCAGCGUAUAAUGCCCAUGCGGCCCCUGGAGGAAGAAGAAGUCAUGUUGGAAGGAAGGAAUGUGUAUUUUUUUGACGACGUAGAAACCCUGAGGAGAGAAUGGUCUAGUGUCAACUUUGAAAGUGUCGGAGAGUUGCUGGUCGAUUUCUUCCGAUACUUCUCCCAUGACUUCCAAUUCAAUAAUUCUGUUCUCUCUCUCCGAGCAGGACAGCUGACGAAAGAAAGCAAAGGCUGGGUCAAUGAUAUUGACGUUGGAGGUCUGAAUGAAAUGGCCAGAGACAGAAAUAGGCUUUGUAUCGAGGACCCGUUUGAAAUUACUUAUAAUGUGGCGAGAACUGUGACUAAAGAUGGCUUGUACACUAUUCGAGGAGAAUUCAUGCGCGCUACAAGAAUCCUAACUCAACGACCGGAACGCGCCGUUCUUGCUCUCGCUGAACUCUGUCGUGAGCGUGAGGAUGAGCUUCAACGAGCCCCUCGUUCCUCUUCUCCAGCUCCUCGAGCUCUGUCCGCUGCUCGCAGCAAUUUUUCUGGUGCCCAUGCCCCGAGCGCAUGGAGAUCUCAUUCACAAGCCCCCUUUGAUCGUCUCACACCUUCAGGUGUGCACGAAUCGCAUGGCAGAAGAGGCGAGGACGACAUACCUGAGUAUUCUGCGCAGGACCUUUGGCUGCAAAGUCAGGGUGCCAAUCUGGGUGGCGUGCAAGUUGGUGGUCUUGGUUUCGGAUUUGAUGAUUUGGGCGUUCAUGGUGCACGUGGUCGAGACACUGUUGCGCGAGGGCUUGAUACUCCCAGUGGCGCUUAUCGUAAUAAUCCCUCUGCUCGUCGCUCCGCAUCUGCUUAUGGAGGCAACGCUGCGUCUACCUCGGGCACUAUCUCCGCCCCACUGAGUCCGCAGCGGAUGUAUGCGCAACUGGAACUCGGCAAAGGAAUUGGCUCCGGUUUGGGAUCUCAGCAAUUGUGGGCUAGCUACGAUCCAAGGCUGCACGCGAGUGCGGGUAUGCCGAUGAGCAUGUCAGGACCUUCAAGUUUGAGAAGUCAGAGUCAGCAGGGGACCUCGCGUUCAGUGUCGGGACCGAAUCUUGGUGUUCCUGCCUCGGCUGGAGGUUCUUCAAGAGGGAGAGUCUUUGCACCAUUUGAUGCGGCGCCUAUUCAAUCCUCUUCCAAAGCUGUCGGCAUUCCAGUGGUAGCGCCAGCUCCUGGUUCAAUUGGAGCCUCUGGUUCAGCACCCCAUCGCGCGGUUGCCGACACCAAUGAGAACGGUUCUGCUGUCAACUUCAUUAGCCCUAGUACUCUGUUAUCCCCUUCAACGGGCGCUUCAGCUUUGCCCGAUACACAAGCAGUUGGAGUGCGAGGAAUGGAUGCGCUUGUAGGGGAUUUUAGACAGCUAAUUGUGAGCGGGACAGGGACGAUAAACCCUCCUCCAAAGGUUGCAACGAGCAGUAGCGCCGGAAUUGUUGGGGAGAAAACGGAGCACCCGGAUCCCGCGGUCGAGAAACGGUCGUAGAAAUCAAUACCAUACAUACACUCAGGGUGGCUUAGAGGAGGGGACUUUUGUCUGCUUAGCAGGUGCUAGUGCAAAAAGAAUAUCCUGUUUCAUUGAAUCAAUAGUUCGCAUAUAUGCAUCAUCAUCAGGCAGUC